GAACUGAAUGAUCGACCACCUUGCAACCGUCAUUAUGAAGGGACUUCUUCUUGCGCUCGCUGUGCUGAUCCCAAGCUGUUUGGGUUCCCUCAUCGUGGGUGGACAUGAGUCUGUCGCACACAGCCGACCCUACCAGGUAGCCCUUAUGGAAAGGAACAAAAUCCAAUUCUGUGGUGGUACUUUAGUUCACCCCGAGUGGGUUGUCAGCGCUGCACACUGCUCCCUUGGAGAUGGUACCAUAGACUACGUUGGCCUCGGGUAUCACAGCAUUAUUGAACACGGUGAUCCGAACCAGCAGUUUAUCCAGGGUACUUGGGUACUACACGAGAAAUGGGGCAAAGGUUCUGUAGCAAUGGAUAACGACAUCGGCUUGAUUCAUCUUGACACACCCGCCAUGAUGAACAACGAUGUGAAAGACAUCAGCAUCGCUUCCAGUGAGCCCAAGAAGGGAUUGGAACUGCUUGUUAGCGGAUGGGGAAGCCAUAACCCGAGCUCCUGGGAUCCUCCACCUGAACUGCAUGAGGUGGUUGUAUUCGCCAACUCUCAUCAGGAGUGCGUGGGCGCUUACGGCUCCAUCAGUCUAAAUAUGUUCUGCGCUAGUAUUGAAGGAGGAGGAAAAGAUGCUUGCCAGGGUGACAGCGGUGGACCAAUCGUCAGUAACUUCGCUGCCGACUCCCAUCAGGAUGGUGUGCUGCUGGACGGUAUUGUGAGUUGGGGCUACGGCUGCGCAGAGGCCGCGCAUCCUGGAGUCUACACAAAGAUAUCAAACUAUUGUGACUGGAUUUUCCAGAAAACCAAUGGCCAAGUCAAAUGUGCAUAAAACUUAGCUCACAUUUAUCGACUGAUUAUUUCUGGUGAUUUAUGUUUUAAGCUUUAAAACCUCCUGGGCACAAUUUAUCCGCAUUCCGGGUCCCAUGAAUUGUGCCCUGUCUUGCUUUUAGAAUGAUGCAGAAAGUGGUUAUAAUUAAUGGGAACUUUAACUCGGAUCCUGAGUCAGUUUGACCCAUUUCGUUUUAAAACAGAUCAAGAAACAGGUCAUGCACCACGGGACUUAGAUCAGUUUUAAGAUGGGAGCUUUAAGUUGAGAGUGUAACUGGAUUUUGAUCGAGUUUAUAAAAACAAUAAUAACAGGGAGACCGAAUGCUGUGGGAGAUGUUUAACUAACAAUCACAAUCACAAUCACAGGAAGUCGUUUGGGAAAACGGCAGACGAUUGCAGAUAACUGUACAUUUAGGGAAGUCAAGAAUAGUUGCAUGAUUUCUGCAAUAUGAAACCAAAAACGCAGUAUUUUAGGCAAACAACACAAAAUAGGUUUCAUACUUUGAACAAUGUGAUGAACGAGUACAAAAA